AUGUAUGCAUUUUCCACCAAGCGCCAGAGAGACCAGGACCCAGAGGACUUCGAUGGAAAUGUGUUCCGCGAGACAAAGAAACACAGGUCUCUUCCUCUCCGCGCGUCCCCAAGUGCCCUCCAGUUUUCUUCCCUCCCACAAAGCAACCGGCUUGCAUCUGGCUUCGGUUUCUCGACUCUGACCCCAGUGGAAUCCUCAGACGAUGACAAGGAGGAUAAUGGUGCUGAAAAAUUUGCCCAUCAUGGUUCGACACAACCUCGGGAUCAGCCAUUACCAUCAGAGCAAGGGUGUAUUCCUAUAAUGAGUGCAAGCAUGGAUAUUGAUAACGGAAAAGACGCCCAAUGUUCGACCAAUAAUGUUGAACAUUCCAACCCGGGAUCUGUCGCUGGAUUUAGCAAUUACAGUCUCCAGCCGUCGCCGAUCCCACAUAGUCUUGUUGACCAGUCGUUGGUUAUAAGCGAAGAGCCGACUACAAACUCUACGGAAGGGAACACACCUGCCCCAAGAAGUCCCGUCUUAAGAGACAUGGUGCAAAACUCUACAUCAUAUACGUCGCAGGGCGUCUCUAGAGGUCCGUACGCGAGUCAUGACAGGGUCUGGUGGUGCGGCCAACGCCUCCCCAGUCCGGUCAGUGACAAUGGCGACGCCAUGGCGAUCAGCAGCAAAGACUCUGUGAGCGACGCUGAUAUGACAUACAUGUCCCAGCCAGCGUCUCCGCCACCAUGGUAUUCAGAAACUACGCCAGAUGUGUUACAGCCGGCGGGUUCGAUGGGCAGCUUGAAACGGGAGCAACAUAUUCCCUCUUCCUCGAAGAAGAAGGCAGCGAUUUCCAUGGGCUACCGAGCGGAUUGCGACAAAUGUCGGCGCAGGGUCCCAGGUCAUUACAGUCACAUCAUCCGUCACUGA